GGUGCGGAAACACGUAUCGGUCGCGGGGGAGGGCAGAGUGGAACUAACAAUUGCUACACUUACCCGUGACGUCGCCAAUUGUGACGCUCAUCGGAUACUUUGUACAUUCGCUUCUUCAGUCGGAAACAAUGUCAGUUUAAAGGCACAGGCACCGCAUUACUUCUGUUGGCAAAUGGUUAAUCUGAACUAGUUCAGGGAAUAAAAACAUGGAGCCUGCAAUCAAAUUGAAGCCUGGUGUCUCCAAGUGGGACAUUCGCCAGAAAGUUUGGGAUUAUAUGGAAGAAAACAAUUUGGCAAACUUCCCAAGACCGGUUCACCACAGAAUUCCUAAUUUCAAGGGAGCUGCCCAAGCUGCAAAAAAUUUGCCAAAUUUGCAAGAGUUCAAAAAUGCAAGGAUCAUCAAAGUAAAUCCCGACAAACCCCAGGAAAAUGUCCGUUUGCUCACACUGGAAGCCAGAAAGACGUUGUUGGUUCCAACUCCUCGGCUCAGGACUGGACUGUUCAACAAAAUCAUCCCACCCCCUGGGGCCUCGAAGGAGGUGGUACGUGUGUGUUCUACUGCUCAGGGAGUGAAAGAUUUCAGCGUACCGAUUGGACUUGAUGCAAACAUUCAUGUGGACCUGGUUGUUGUGGGAUCUGUAGCUGUAUCAGAGAAAGGAUGGAGAAUUGGAAAAGGCGAGGGCUUUGCUGACCUGGAAUAUGCGAUGAUGGUAUCAAUGGGAGCAGUUGAUGAGAACACAGUUGUUGUCACCACAGUGCAUGACUGUCAGUUGCUUGAUAUCCCAGAAGAGCUGAUGGACAGCCAUGAUCUCACUGUAGACUACAUCCUUACACCUAGCAGAGUGAUAAAAACAAACUGCAGCUGUUCCAAGCCUCAAGGAAUUAUUUGGUCAAAGGUGGAUUCAAAUAUGAUGGAAAAAAUUCCAAUCCUUAAAAGCCUUCAGUUCAGGGAACAAAAAGCAGGAAAGGAUGUUGCUCUGAAGGAGGAAAGGCACGCAGAGGAAGAACUCCAGAGGCUAUUAGACAAAAGAAUAUCGUCCGGGAAAAGUGGAGGUGCUACCAAAGUUAAAACUAAUGUAAUGGAAAUAGCCAGAAAUACUGAAGCUAGUGAAGAACAUGAGCCUAGCUGUAAAAACCAGCUUAAUGCUCCAACCAGAGUUACUACAAUUUAUAUGGGUAACCUACCUCAUAAUCUGAGGGUCAGUGAAUUAAAGAAUACCUUAAGAGAGCACAAUGCAGUUCCAUUGCGUCUGAAUUGGCAGGGGGCCCAACACAGGGCUUUUCUUGAUUACAAGGAUGAGGGCACUGCAGAAGAAGCUCUAACCUCCCUUACUGGGCUAAGUAUAAGUGGGAGUGUGAUUAGAGUUGAACUUGCCAAGAGUCAAAGAGGCAAUAGAUCUAAAAUUCAAAUCACUGAAAAACCAAGCAGCCAGUAAUCUGAUUGAGUACCAAAAAUGUUGGCAGCAAAUUUCACACGUAAAUUUGUUUUAAAAGAAUUGAUCAUGUUGAGAAGUGCAGGGUGCAACAAAGGCAGCUUAUUUGUAAUUUGAUUUUACAUGUCGUGCCUCAUUUGGACAUGAAAGACCAGUUGAACAAUAUGAAAGAAUACAUAUUCAUGAACAGCCAAUGAAAUUAGAUGCAUUUGAGCAUAGAAAGCAUCUAUUCUGUUGUGAUACAGGUAUUAUUGACCAGAUACUAUGAUCUGGAUGUGAUAUCUGACAUAAAAUGAUUACCUCUGUAAAUAUUGGAAAGCACAUGAAAUACUGCAGAGGGCUGUUGUGAUAGUGUCCCCCCACUUCUGGGUCAGGAGACCAGGUUCAAGUCACACCUGCUCCAAAUGUGGGAUAUAACAUUCCUGAACAGAUUAAUUGAUUGAAAAUAUGUUUGAAAUAUUGCAACAGACAUUGCAUUUAGUUUCCUUUCAGCCUAAUAGAAAACAUCGAAUGCAAAUUAGUGGCUUUGCACUCACAAGAUUAAUUGAUAUACAAGCGAACAUAAAUCAUAAUUUUUUUAUUAUUGAUACUAUUUAAGUUUACUCCCUACAGAUUAUAAGAUUCAAUAAUUUUCUGAUGUCCACCUGUUUACGUUAAGAAUUUAUGGAAUCCAGUAGCUUUGCUGUUAACAUUAGAAAUAUGGUCUGUUAGAACUUGACUACAAUAGGAUUUGUUUUAUGUACCUUAAGUGGCCAGAAUGCUCUUAACAAAAAUAGGUGAUACAGACCAUUCAGGAACCAUUUUCUCAAAGGAAAUGAAUCUCGUGGGAGACCUUGUGAAAGCUAUUUCACAAGCAGGGCCAUGGUACAGCCCAUUGAUGUGGACUUGGAGUGGAAAAGGGUUUCACUGGCUUACUCUUGGUAACAGUCAUAUAGGUCAGAUGCCAACAUGUCAGACAAGAAAUCACACUGGAGGAGUUGCAUUGAGUCCAUUGUCGCUAGUUUAAGGCAGAAGUCAAAAAAGUGCUUCACAACUGAAAAAGCAAAGGUGUAAAGUGAAUGAAAAGGCAUCCAAUAAAUCCAUGUCCAAAGUAA